AUGUUCAAGUUCGGAAGUGCUCUUUUCCUCACCGCCUUGGCCAACACCGCCAUGACCGCUCCCUCGUAUCCUGAGGUUCAUACCUACAACGACAAGUGGGACCCCUGCACCUUUUCCGAUGCUUCCAAGGCUAUGGCCGGGCAAUCGAACUGCACCAAUCUUAUUCUUAACAACGUGGCUGUUCCCGCUGGAACGACCCUGGACCUCACCAAGCUGCAGAGCGGCGCUAAGGUCACCUUCCAGGGUACCACCACCUGGGACUACAAGGAGUGGGAGGGCCCUCUUCUCUCCAUCGCUGGAAACAAGAUCACGGUCGAGGGAGCCUCUGACGCUAUUCUUAAUGCUGACGGUGCUCGUUGGUGGGAUGGAAAAGGAGACAAGGGCAAGACCAAGCCCAAGUUCUUCGCCGCUCACAAGUUAACCAACUCCACCAUCAAAAGCCUCUACAUCAAGAACACCCCUGUUCAGGCUGUCAGCAUCAACGGCGUCAACGGCCUCAACAUUGACAAGAUGACCAUCGACAACGCCGACGGUGACUCCAAGGGUGGCCACAACACUGAUGGUUUUGACAUCGGUGACAGCACAGGCGUUACCAUUACCGGCGCCAAGGUUUACAACCAGGAUGACUGCGUUGCUGUCAACUCUGGAACCGACAUCACCUUCAGUGGCGGCUUUUGCUCCGGUGGCCACGGUCUCUCCAUCGGAAGUGUUGGCAACCGGGACAACAACGUCGUCGACAACGUCAAGUUCUUGAACUCCCAGGUUACCAAGUCUGACAACGGCAUUCGUGUCAAGACUGUCAAGGGUGGUUCCGGCAAGGUCGCCGGCGUUACCUACUCUGGCAUCACCCUGUCGAACAUUGCCAAGUAUGGUGUUAUCGUUGAGCAGAACUACUAUGGUGGCGACCUCAAGGGCGAGCCUACUAGCAGCCUCCCUAUCACCGGUCUGACCAUCAAGGAUAUUACUGGUACCGGUGCUGUUUCUUCCAGCGGAUACAACAUUGCCAUCGUCUGCGGUAGCUCCGGCUGCUCUAACUGGACUUGGUCCAACGUCAAUGUCACCGGUGGUAAGACUUACGGCAGCUGCGAGAACGUCCCCAGCGUGGCCUCUUGCUAG